AAUACCGGGAGGUGACACGGCCACACAUCCGGGAUUACGAGCUUUGCCUCACAAAAAAAAUACAAACCGCGCGAAAAUUCAAAUUUUUGCUCUUUUGACAGCGCUGAGAAACCUUCAAAUAGUGACGAGAAGACCAGACGUAUCCCUUCGUGACAAGCUGCCACUUGUUCUUUUCAGCUCGAGCCUUUUUUGGGAGCUACUCUGGUACAUCGUCCACACUGCUGCCAAGUCUCGACUUCCCAAAAUGGAUGGAAGUGACGAAUAUGGAGGACGCUAUCCUAGAACCCGUGGACAGAAGAGGAAGAGCGACGACUUGGGUGCGGCUGCGAAGUCUGCCUGCCCAACGCCAAUUGCUCCUCACCCAAAAACGCACCCCAUUGACGAAGAUCAUCCUUGUAUAGACGAUGAUAAAUACUCUCAUCUGACAAGAACACGUCAUCAGAAGUCACUGCCUGCUGCGAAUAACAGCGCAUCGUGUAUGACAAUCUCUUCACCAACAAGUGCUACCCCCUCUUGUCCAUCGUCACAUAAAGAACAUGGACAGCCGCAAGCUGGAAAUGAUUUCUCAACAGCAGAGAAGAACGAUACUAUCACGUUCACACCCUUGACACAGACUUGCGUCAUAGUGACAUUUGCGAAUAGCUGCCCCUGCAGUAUAAAAUUUAUUUUAUUUUGUGUUUCUCUCUGACGACUAUAGCAUCUGGAUUCGGAAUAGCCUUACUAUCUUGAGACGGGUCAGCCAUACCUGAAACAUGUUGUUCAUUGUGACUAAAACUUGAGUCAACAUUAUCUAUUCCCCUAGAAACGACGUGAAUAACUAAAUGUAAUACAAAUUAAAUUAGGAAGAAAAUUUCACUCUUACAAGCC